ACAAUAUCAAAUUCAUUUUGGGUGCUUGUGACGCCCCUGGAAAGUGCUGCCCUGGGUGUGUGCCAGAACCACAUGUGGUAAAUGUGGUUUACCAAAAACUACAACAGCUAACAUCUUCACCUUCACCUUACAGUGUUAUUAAUUCCUAUUCAUUCACUCAGUAUGUCUCUUUGCCCCCCCUGAAGUUAGGGUUCCGUGGCUCGCUGUAACGUUUUGCAGGACAGUCCAGGCUCCUCCCCAGCACCAACGUCACCCGAUCCCUAACAAAGCGUCAGCGAUAGUCAGCAACACAUUGUGGUGGCAGAUCUGCGGGGCGCUGCGCAAAGCGGGACCAGCAACGCUGCAUUUCAUGUCCCCAAAAUAUUCCGAGAUAAGUGCGGAGGAGCGUGCAUAGAGGUCUCUAGAGUCACUGCAACUUCAUCGGCCGGCUGUGCUGCUCUCUCCCUCCCCAGUCUGCUGAAGCUGCUGCAGACCGGAGGAAUUUGCAACUUGCGGAACUGAAACUGGGAAGCGUGAUCCGUUAGGUGCACUGUCAGUUUUCGGAGGAAGUUAUUAUUGUUUUUAAGAAACGGCCACAUACUUGGAGUUACCUUCCCAGUGUUGGAAACUUCCCAACGCAGCAUCGAUCGAGAUCCUCCCGCCCACUUACCUCUGAUCCACAAUACACGAAGGCGGAGAGAGAGAGAGAGAGAGAGAGAGGAGAGCGAGAGAAACAGAGAGAGAGAGAGAGAGUUGAGCAGCCGCAGCGGUGGAUGGAGCAACAAAGGCUGGAUGGUUAAACUACAAGAGUCCCUCUGAGGAAAACUCAACAGCGCUUUCUGUCGUCGCCUGAUAUUUUCUUAACUGGAACUCUGUAUCAGCUUGGAUCUCAUUCCGGGGACCCCAUCCAGAGCAAACUCUCCAGAGCCAACCCAGCGGGGGGGGAAUUCGUCGCAGACGUGAAAUUGAUGCUUUGGCACGGAGAGUCGCGCAGCCGAAAACGUAGUUUUGCGAAAGUCUCCUGUAGCCCAGUGAGGGAGAGGUAGACCGGUCUGCGGCCGAAGUGGGAUUUGCAGAAGUUGCAUGCGUGUUCUUUGUCGCCUCGAGUGAGUCCCGUCCAUCCGCUCUCAGGUUAUCAGAAGAGACCAACCGGGAUAGUUGAGGAGCCAUGGAGCUGUUCGCGGGGAUGUUGGGAUUCCUGUUGUGGCUGCAGGUCCAAGCUGUAUAUGGACAGAGUGUACAGAUGGACCCCAGUAAGUCUGGCUUUGUGGGCACACAAGUGGAACUGCGCUGCAUCUUCGUCAAUAGCAAUCCGCCGGUGAAGAUCUCCCAGGUCACCUGGCAGAAGCUGUCCAAUGGCACCAAGCAGAACGUCGCCACCGCCAACCCGACCCUGGGCGUGUCCAUCCUGUCGCCCUUCAAGGAGCGGGUGGGCUUCAAGCAGGCGGCCGCUCUGCAGCGCCACCAGAUGGAGGACACCACCAUCGUGUUCUCCAACCUGCAGCUGUCCGACGAGGCGGCCUACAUCUGCGAGUACACCACGUUUCCAGCGGGCAACAGAGAGAACAUGGUCAACCUCACCGUGUUUGCUCGACCAAUGACUCGGAUGACCCUAACGAGCCCGACGAUUGUGGCCAGGGGUAAGAAGCGCAACAUGACCGUCGCCACCUGCACUUCGGCCAACGGGAAGCCUCCAAGCACGAUCAAGUGGAACACAUUGCUGAAGGGGGAAGCCACCUUGCAGGAGACUCGCAACCCGAACGGCACGGUGACGGUACGGAGCAGCUACGUGGUGGUCCCAAGCCGCGAGACACACAAACAGAAGCUCACCUGCAUCGUGACGUACCGGGGCGAGAGGAUCACAGACAGCGUGGUGCUCAACGUGCAGUAUGAACCCGAGGUGAAGAUUGAAGGGUUUGAUGGAAACUGGUACCUGAACCGUCAGAAUGUUCAGCUGACCUGCAGGGCCGACGCUAACCCCCCUGUGACGAUCUACCAGUGGAAACUUCUGAACGGCUCGCUACCCAGCAACGUGGAGAUCAAAAACAACACCCUGUUCUUCAAGGGGCCCGUGACCUACGACCUGGCCGGAACGUACGUCUGUGUCGCAAUCAACGGCAUCGGGACGCGCACCGGAGUCGUGGACGUCAACAUUACCGACAUGAAUGCUGUGUCAUAUGCAGCCAGCAACCUCCCUAUCAACCCGACACCCAGGGGCAACGGCAUCCCUCCGGAGCCGCACAAUGCAGGUGCCGCCAUCGGGGGCGCUGUGGGGGGAGUAAUCCUGGUGAUCGUGGCGGCAAUACUGCUCUUCGUUUUCCUGCGUCGCCGCCAGCGCACCUUCAAGGGGGACUACAGCACCAAGAAGCACGUCUUCGGAAACGGGUACAGCAAGGCGGGCGCCAUGCCCGCGCACCCCCCCAUCCCCAAGAACCUCCAGUACCCGGACGACUCAGACGACGAGAAGAAGCCCACCCAGAUCAGCAACACCGGGGGGUUCGAGGCGAGCGAACGGAAUUUCGACACCGAAUCCGAGGACCUGAAGAGACCGUACUUCACUGUGGAUGAGGGGGAGAGCCGAGAUUACGGGGAGCGGACUCUGGCCUUCCAGUACGACCCAGAACCUGAAAUUGCCGACGAUAUGAUCUCUCAAACCGACGGCUCUGUCAUUUCUAAGAAAGAGUGGUACGUGUAGAGGCUUGCAACCGCCAAGCAACCUGUCGUCCCUCACCUGCAUUCCACCUCACCCUUCACCCCCACACCUCCCCACCCUCACAUCCAUCAACCUGCACCUUCCGCAAUGGCAUUUCCAACUCACCCCCCUUCCCGGCAUCAGACUCCAUCCAACUAAUCACUGUUAGAAAAAUCAAGGGUCUAUUUAAAGUCCAAGAACUCGUCUUCUCAACAUGACAGCAUUGGUGUCGCUUUCAUCAAGUUAAUGGGCAAAGAUUACAAACUAAGGUAUGUAAAUGGACUCAAUGUGGCUCCAAGGCCAGAAAGGUGGUUGGUCAAUACUGUUGUGUAUUUUAUUUUUCAUAAAUGUAUUAAAUGUAUAAAAAAAGAACAGGUUGAGGUUUUGCUGAGCACAUUUGUGAAAGUCCUACACUGGAUGUAUGGUUUUUUUUGUUUUACGUUGGUUUGUUUUGUUUAUUUUUGUCAUUAGCAAUUGCAAAUUUGUCAUUUUUAUAUUCUCUUUUUGUAUGAUCUGCAGAGAAAUGAGAGUUAUGUGUCUGACAUAUUUUACAGGUGGAGUUUAAAGUGUUUAAAAGUUUAUGGUCAAAUGUUUCAGGAAAAAAAGAAAAGAUAAAAAAAAGAAAACUAGCUGUAGAGACGUGCAACAUUUAUGGCGAAAGCACGUUAUUGUCCUUCUCCAAAGACAUUGUUGAUGCUUCUCAAGCCCCGUCUUGGACUUUAUUUGCUGUUUUUAUUUUUAAUAAAAGGGUGUCAGUCUACUGAGCCAUACAGACACAUGGUUGUAACAUAAUAACAUUCAAUGAUUUCUUUUUUAUUGCUAAAGUUUCCAUCAUGUUAAAUGAGUGCCCUUAUCAGUGAAUCAUAAAGUCAGUGGAGGGAAGGGCAGAAACUGUCUGACAGACUUCAGUGUUCUACUUUUCAGUUUAUUGCGAUUGUCUUGCAAAGGUAGUAAUGCCACUUGAACUUUUCUCACAUUUUGUCACAAGAUGAAGUAAUCUGUAAGAUGAGAUACAAGAGCAAAUGAUGAACAAAAUCUGUUUAAUCACAGCAAAAGGUGGCUCUACAAAGUAGUGACUCAGAGGAUGUGAAUAUGUACUGCUGGGAGGAAUCAGUGUUUUAUCCACCACCGAUUUCCCCACUAAUAAAGAAUGAAGAGGUCUAAAGUUCACCUCAACUGUGAGAGACUCCACCUUACAUGCAAAUCCAAAAAAUCACAUUGUUUGAUUUUUUUAAUGUUUAAUUUGGCAUGAAAUAAGUAUUUGAGACAAUCGUAAAGUAGUACUUUAAUUAUUGCAACAACAGAGGUCGGACAUUUCCUAUAGUUCAGGACCAGGUUACUUUGGUAACCUUGACCAGAUCAUCCGGUGUAGUUUUGAGCCGAUUCCUCACCUUUCUCAUGAUCGUUGGUACUCCACAAAGUGAAAUCUUGCAUGGAGCCCCACUCCAAAUGAGGUUGGACCAACACUUGCUUUCUUCUCAGCAAGCUGUUCGCCCAUCGUCCCUUUGGUCUCUUUGGAUACAUUCCUACAGCAGGUCAUAAUGUUCAAAUUAGUUGGGGUUUUUUGUGUAUGAUUGUUCAUACUACUAUUUAGAAGCAAUCAGACUUUAGUGUCAACGUUUCCAGACCCCAAAUAGACUGGAUGUUGACUCCACGUAGCAUCGUACUGUAAUAACGGAUGCUACAGUUCCUGGAUCAGUUUUACUGCAAAAACUCCAAAUCUUUCCAAGUAUUUUUAAUCUUGUGUCCAAUACAAAAAUUGGAGUUAGCAAAAGAUCACAACAAAAAGGUAGCCAAUAAAGAGAACGCUUAACUUAGCACAGGCCUUUUGUUGAGCAUUGACUGCAACCUCUGCAGAGACGUAUGUUUAGAUGCAUAGUCGGAACCAGGAGUGGUGGGAUUGUGAUGUGAUGCGCUAUAAGUCCAGAAUUUUCAGAAUAAUAAUUUUCAGUCAUUGUUUACGUCCAGAUUUAUUGCGUCUGGUUUCUGCUGGUGCAGAAAUAUGAUGCAUGUCUCAUAUCAGUGACGUAAUAGUUGAAUAAAAUGCAACAUGAGCGUUCAGACUGAAAAUGCUUUGAGAACAACUGGAUAUGUAGCCGAGUUCGUACCAAACGUGGAAGUGAUGUAAAUCUGACUUUUUUGGGAGACUGAAAACAUCUGAAUUUGGCUGUUCAGGCUGCUGUAAAAAGUCGAAUAUAUGGGGGAGGGAGGAGCGGAUUUGGGUGAUUUAAAAAACUUUACCCAUAGAGGAGAGGUUGGAGUCUGAUUGGUUUUGUGGACAAGCAAGGAGUGGAAGAUAGGAGAGCUUCUUAAAGACAAACUACCGGCUAAAUUCCUGCUAAUUGGUUGGUGAUCAAAUACGUAUUUCAUGCAAUAAAAUCCAAACUACUUAAAAACAAUACAAUGUGAUUGUGUGCAUUUUUUUCUAUAGAUUAUGUUGCUCAGUGUUGUGCUGUAUGGUAAAAAUUACAGAUGCCUUCAUUCUUGGAAAAUUAACAAAACCACAUUUUCUAGAUUUGUGAAAGUAUGCAUCAUUUUACAUCAACUGCACCAUUAUGCCCUCAUUUGUGUUGAUUUAUCCCACAACAUUGAAUUUUGUGGUUAUAAUGAGACAAAAUGUGUAAAAGUUCAAAAGGUACGAAUGCUUUUGUGAGUAAUUAUGUGGAAAAGACAUUCGUUGAGUCUCACAGGAUCACUAAUAGUGCUCGGAAAUGUCAUGAUUGUCACUUGACUUGAACAGUUUGACCUGUGUACAUGUGCUCAGAAAUCUUACCACUUUAAUGAAAUGUCUGGGUGUUUUUCUUCUCCUGUGUUUAUGCGUGUGUUGAGCUGUCAUAAUUAUGUUUGGUUCUGACCCCUUUUCCUCAAAAUGGAUGUCAGCGAAAAAGUGUCUGAGGAAUUUCUCAGUAAUGAUUCUGCCUCUCCAGUUGAGACUGUUUACCCAAGAACUGGCUAACAUCAACCUCAUUUUCCACCAGGAGUCAUCCACGGACUCAAAGGACUCGGAUAAGAGGGGGAAAUGUCAACUGAUGCUUUUAUUUACGCUAACAGAGAAAAUAUUUUAACAAGUAAAGGGAUCUGAAAAAAUAAUGGUGGCCAUGCUGCAAAGCAAGAAAGCAGCGUAAGAACUUGACUGCUGCUUUAGUGAUGUUUCUUCCUUCCUUCCUUUCUUUCCAAAUGAAUUCCAGCUAAUUUUUUGGGGGCGAUUUUGCAGUAAUGAAUUCUUUUUUUCAUUAAUGUCAAGAUUUAUUUCUGCAUAUGGGGACGCACUGACUCUUUUAUGCCACCGUUAUACAGUAUAUAUCUGUAUCUGUUUUUAAAAAUGAUGUUAGCAAGUGCCAGUGGAUGCUAGUAUAGCAGAAAGACUUUUUUCUUCUCCUCAGCUCUGAGCUCCAUUACACAAUCAGCAAAAUAUAUUUGCUUCAAACGAGAAUGAAAAAAAAAAAGAAUCUCAAUGUGAAAAAUCAGAGAUAAGAGAGGCAUUGCAGUAAAUCUGUGGAUGUAAACAACAUAUCUGACUGGCUCUGAACACUAUAAAUACUGUAUUAAGCCUUAUUUUAUGCAUGUUUUUUGUGUGUGGGAGUGGAAGUGCAUUUGUUGGUAUUUUUUUUUUCUUUUUUCCAGUCAAUUCCAGUGUGUUUUUGUCCUCAUUUGCAGCUUAGAAAGGCGACAAUAUCCUCCUCUUUUUAUUGUCGCCGGUAUUGGCAGAGCUAUGAUUUCAUCGGUACGCCGUACCCAACAACAAUAUUGCAGUUAACACAAAAAUACCUAUAUAAAUAUAUGUUAAAAUGAUAAAGAACACAAAAAACACCACUGUGAGAGGAUUUUCUUGCAGAUGUGAAUGUUUUUCAGUCCAUGCUUGUCUACUGUAUGCUUUUAGAUGAGCAUGUUAAUCAUGAGCCUCAAUCUAUAUUGUAUAAUAUACACAAACAAGCAUUGAACAGUGAGGUUUCUGUUGUUCUUAUUAGAAGUCAUGUUCAUUCUGUCCUCCUCCGAUCCAUUUUUCAAUGGCCUUAUUUCAGUUUUAAAGAGACAGUACGCGACUCAAAAUAAACCGAGCAACAGUAGCCAGUUUCUUCUGUCACUGUGGACAAAAAAAGUUUGGUUUUCUCACACAGGCAGGGGAAAUGCUUUCUUGUUUAGUCAGAAAUAGUUUGAACCGCAGCGUUAUAAGAAAACAAAGCACGUUUUAUGUUUUUGUUCUUUUUAUCCAGUGCCUAUCAAAGGAAGGAGGGGUGAGGUAGUCGCAGCAACCACUUCCUGCUUAUUUAAGCUCUUCAUUCCCCAAAUAGAUGAAAACAAUUAAACUAUUAGACACAAUUCUUGUAAAAGUAUUCAUACUUCUUUUGAUUUGUUUUUUUAAUAAGCUUUUGUGUGUUUUAUUGAGGUCUUAUAUAAAAGACAAAAAAAAAAGAUGCAGAAAUGUGAAGGAGAAGAAAAAUGUUCAAAUCAACCUCUGAGGUUUGGUGUAUCUUAUUCUUUUACAGUGAUACCCCCAAAAUAAAUAAAUUAUAACCACCUGCAAACAUUUUCAUACAUUAGAUUUCUAAUUUGUGGGUACUUCACAAUGAUGCACUUCUCGGUGUUUCUGCAGGAUCUUUAAGGAUUUGUAACCUAUAAAAGUUCAGCUGAAAUUUAGACCUUUAAAGCUCUUAAAAAUGUCCAGAUUUUUCACAGUAGCUUCCCUCUAACAUUUUCAAUUUGUGCUUUUCUCCAUUCAUUUUGUUUUAUAAUAAACACAUUUCUUUCUUUUUCCCGACACGAGCUUAUAGGAAGGCAAUGAAAAUCAACAUAUUGUAGCAGCGUUAUCCAGCGCCUUCAUUGUGGGAAACUGUGUAUUUACUCAAGGUUUGGCUUGACAGCUGCAAUAUUUAUAGCUGGCUAAAACCCGCCAUCAGAAACCACCAAUAAUAUAACAAAGCCUUUUCUGACUGGGUGUAAAAGCACUAAAGUCAAACACCAUUUCAUCUUAUUUAUGGUAUUAAGUAAAAUGUAACUUAUUAAUUUUGUUAUUUUUUUAUGCUGCACUUUGGUCUUAAAUUCAUGUUGUGUUUUUUAUGAUUUAACCUUUUUUAGUGUUUUUUAAUUGAAUUCCAAAAAUUCUUAAACUAACAUUUCUGAAACUUAAAAAAAAACUCUGAUUAAGUUUAACAUUUGUCCACUAACAUUAUCUAACCAACAUCCCAAAGCUUCAGAAAACUUCUGGAUUUUUUGAGUGCAACUGGUUACAUUAGAUUUUCUUUCGGGGUUUCAGAGUAAAGGAAGUGAAAACGAUGCACACCUUUCCAAUUUUCAUCGGAAAACAAAAAUGUAUGUUGGAAUUUUUCUUCUUCUUCACAAUUGUGUCUAUCCAAAUAAAAUCUAAUUAAAAACACACUCAGGUUUUUUUGUCCGGAACAAAACAAAAAAAUCUCCAAAACACAGACUGCAAAUCUCCGUUUAACACAAAUGAUCAUUUACAGGCAGUGGAAUCUAGUUAGUCUUCAUCCCAGCACUUUACUAACACUGCAUACUUGAUCAUACAAAAAAAAAAAAAAUCUAAUUCAACCAUUUCUUUUUCUAACUAACAAUUAACACAGCACUCAAUGUUGAAUUUCUGAACUCCAGCAGAAAUCUAAAUCCUGCAGCCUCAGAUCAGAUUGUUGACGUUCUUCUAAGCUUUUAAGCACAACAGCAGCGACUCUAAUCUAGUAAAAAGAAACUUGCAUGUAUGAAUCAAUGAACAUCGCCCCCAUUCGAAAGCACAAACGUAUGGUUUCAUCUUGACCUUUUUUUCUGUUUCUGUUAUGAAACCACUGCCACAACUGCUUCUCAGACAACAAUAGAAAAAAAUACUUUGGGGUUAAAAUGUAUAUUGCUAAAUAUUAACAUUCAUAUUACUGAGGUGUUCUGACUUUCUAUUUUAUAAUAGUGACUGUAACUUCAUUCCAUCCUAAUCCUACUUUUUGUAUUCUGUAUGUUUAACAUUCCACUGUAAAUAUUGUACAUAAAGUUGAGAUUAUAGUCUGGGUUUAAUAGGGAGCCUGUUGUGUAAAAUAAACCUUAUUUGACUGCAAACAUGGAGACUCGGUGAUGGAUAGAUGAAGUUGAUGGAUAGCUUUUUCCCAAAGUCUCGACUAAAAACUGCUCCUCUAGUACCUUUUUAACAUGCCAAUAGUGACUUCACUGUCAUACAAAGGGGGUAAUGCAUACAGUCUGUCGAAAUGGUGUCACUGAAAGAAUCUCAAAAAGUACAAAAAAAAAUAAAUAAAUCUGUUUGUAUGCAGCCAUGUGAAUGUAUAUUUCUGAGGGUGUUACAAAUAUAAGAAUAAAAAAAAUACCUUGUUCAAUUGUGAUGACCCAGUAAAGUAACUUGUAUUUGUUUUGAGCAUUAAAUGAGUUCAAUAGUCAA